AUGCGUGAAAGCCAUCCGGGCUGCUUGCAUUUGGCGACCCAGAGGACAGCUUUGGACCUCAGUAGCCACGUCCUUCUGGUCUUCCUCGUCGUCGUCCAAAAGGAUAACGGGGUUGGCGGCCUCCGGGAAAUUGCUUCGAACGCCGGUGUUGAUCCCUCUACCAAGAUUGUCUCCAAGUAA